AUGGCUCUCUGCUCCUCCAACCUCCGGAUACUAAUGCGGGAAUACGCGCACACUCUUACGGUGUACACUACCACCAUGGGUCAACGCAACCUCGCGCAGUCCUUCCUUGCUAAGCUCCUCGGGCCCGAGGAACAUCCGCCCCUGCGAAGUCAACCUACCAUCAACCCUCCAUCACAACUUCAGAACUUCAUCAGCCCAUCGGAUCGCCUACCUAUCAACAUCAACACACGAGACCCCGCCAGGCAGCGACUACACUACUGCGUACACUACGGCAACGCAUGCACACGACACCGGAAUUGA